CAGACAUGGAAAUCGACGAAACGGCGAAUGGUGUUUCGAGAUCGCCGUCACCGGCUGGACCACCGCCCACACCCUCUGCGCCUGGACCUCGAGCGACCGCGCUACAGAAGCUGUACAACGAUGCCAUCAACCACGUCUUAAAAACAUGCUCUUAUACCAAUUUCGCUGCAUGUUUUCCUACACCGGCGCGAGAGGUACCCGAAGCCGUGAAGUUUCUACAUGAGCAAUUCCUGCACAAAUUUGGCGAUGGCUUGCGCAAAGAAUUCGGACUCGUAUUGGAGGACCGGAAUGUUGUCCCUUCUCUCAACGAGCUCGAUCGCUUGAUCGAAGAUGCCAGAAAGCGGAAAGCACAGGCUAUGGAGCGAGGAGAGGGCACUGCGCCGGUGCCGGCACAUACUUUGCCGGCGCGACAGUUGUACAUCAGCCAUUUGGCACCAACACUCGGCGAAUGGGACAGGAAUAUGCGGGAGAGGCAGGAGAUGCUGGCAAGAGAGAACGAAGAGAUCAUGGAGCGGGUGCAACAACAGCGGCAGGAUAUCAAGCGAUUACUUGAUGGGCUCGAGAAUGUGGUGAAGGAUUUGAACGGGAGUGUCGCGGCACUGCAACCAGAGCAGAUGGAAGGUCUGCGGGAGGAAGCAAGAGAGGCCGACAGUGCAAUGAGAUGACAGAAUUUCAUGACAAGCAUCGAUCUUCGGCGUUGAGGGAUGGGAGCGAUGGAAUGCGGCGCAGGGCGCUAUACAACGCAGGAAGCACUGCGAUACCUUCUCACGAGAUACCCAGAUUUU